GUAGGUUACGAAGAACUUUCCUUAUGCAACAUCCUUUGUUGUGUAUCCGAGGUUCUACAAGCGUCGGACUAUUGACUUUGUCUUUGACACUUUACCAACAUUGCCACUGACCAUAAUAGUCUUAAGACAAGGCAACAAAUCGGCAAAGCGCUACGUAAAGGCAAAUACCCUUUACUCUUUUUUGUUGAUCGAUUAUGACACUUCUCCCCCAUCUUACUGGUACUUUUCUGGUCUCCUAACGUCGUAUCCUUCUUCAUUCCGGCCUCAUGACCAAGCAUCCUCUAUUCCGAUUGCAUCCCAACUGAACGGUUCUUGUGAUAGAGCGCAUAAUCCCCCGGAUGUUCUCGAAUCCUCAAUGGAAAUUGAACGACAAUCGGCUCACUUUGCUGGACCGGCAAUGCAGAAUGAAGUGGAACUACACAAUAUGAAACUGGAUGAUAUGGAGUUGAAAGUGUACUCCUCUUUUGCUGGUGGCUCGGGUAUUUCUGACCUAAUCUCGAUUCCUGGUAUCCCACACGGAUUAGCUGGUUUAAGAGCUGUCGUCAGGCCGGCGCUUGAGAACGCUUUGGUUGACCGUCUUUGGAAAACAAGAGAAAUGGGCGCCGGAAACCCACAGUCCCUGAUCCUGGCCAUGUGGUUCUUCGUAUCUCGACAUUUCGGAAUUGGCUGCCGUACUGAACACGCUCGUCUUGUGUUCGGAAAUCUUACAAUUGGGCUAAACUCGAUGACAGGGCAGAAACAGCUUCAGUUUGUUCGGUUGGUGAUCCACUAUUUUUUUCCUGUAAUCUUUGCCCUUUGUUAG